CUCCUAUAAAUAGAGGAGGCGCUGGUGUGGCUUGCCGCUUGACAUUUUAGGGCUUGACCGGUAUUUUCGCAGGAGCUCUCGGGUACACUCUCGGGGUGCGACGGACAGUUCGGGAAAACGCGCAGCGCGUGUAUCACGCGCUCUCGUGAUUUCAUUAGAACGAUUCGAUGUGGUGCAUCUUACUAGGCUGCUCUGUCGUGCACUGAGCUGACGGCGUCAGCGCGUCGAAAGUAUGCUCCCCACAUAUCACCAGCUGAAGCUUCAGCUAUGGCGGAUCCUGUCGGACCCCGGUGAAAGCCACGACAAAUACCUAAAGGAGUAUCGAGCCUUCUUCAGCGAGCAGGCCCUGCUGCUGGACGUAGACGCAACAUUUUCAUUCGGCGAGGUAUGCCGCAAGCAGAGCAGGAACCUUUACGAAGAAUCAAUUUACCAGGUGGAUUGUACCAUAGAGUGGCCUGGCAUCACCUGGUUUGGCCCGUCCAUUAAACACCUACAGGUGGGACGCGCAUGGUGCAAUGCUGGUCGUGACCAGGGGUCCAACAAAGCACUGUUCCAGUGGCUGGUGCCAAGCCUCCUCGAGGCCUUUCAGUUGGCCACUCACCCCGUGGACUGGAAUGUGAGCCUUUUGUCAUUCUCCUUUGGCACGCUGGCGGAGCUUGGAACAUACGUGCAGCACCAUCAGUUCUCCGCUUAUCUUUAUCGCGGCCACCAUGAGUAUUGGGUGGACUCAACAUUCCAGCAUGACCAGCACAGCCUCCACAUUGACCUACACCUCAACCACCAUAGCGGGUGUGAAGAUCGAGUCGCAGAAUACCGAUUUGUCGUGCCCUAUCUCAACAUCUUGAAGGUGUACGACGUGAUGAAGCUGACAGACUGUCCGUCGGCAAUGCAAAUUCGGUAUGCCGGAUCCAAGGGCAUGCUUUGCAUCAACCCCGCCCUGCCCAACAAGAAGCUGCUCUGCCUGCGGCCCAGCAUGCAGACGUUCUCCUGCACCAGCUCGGAGUACCUCGACGUGGUCAAAGUCUCCGCAUCUCGCUCUGUGACAUUGAACCUACCCCUGAUUACGAUCCUGGAGCAGCUGGGAGUGCGGACAGACAAAUUAAUGCGUCUGCAAGAAAACAUACUUCAAUUUACAGACGCCCUCGUCGAGGAGUCCAGUGCAGUUAACAUGCUGGCAGCAUGGUCUAAGCUGCCGCUGCCGUACGAGGACCUGUCCAAGGCUGGCUCUCAGCUCACGCUGGACCCCUUCUUUCAGUCGCUGCUUCUAGCCGUGUACCGAAAUGCGGUCGCGGGCCUUCGGUACAAGACUCGCAUAGUGCUGCCUGUGGAUCGUGCCCGCAACAUGCUUGGAGUGGUUGACACUACAAACAAGCUCCGGUAUGGCGAGUGCACCGAGAUACGCCGACCACAUGUGCAGUACCAUGAACCACCUAAGUGGACUGUCAUCAUGGGCACUGUCCUUGUCACCAAGUGCCCCGGCCUGCACCCGGGUGACGUGCGAAAGUUCACCGCCAUCAACAUGCCAGAGCUGCACCACGUCAUUGACUGCAUCGUGUUUCCAGCACACGGACCCAGGCCACACCCCGACGAAAUGGCUGGCUCCGACUUGGACUGGGACGAGUAUAUCGUCAUUUGGGAGAAGUGUCCGUUUUUCGUGGGACCAAACAGACCUCCCAUGAUCUUUUCGGACAGGAACACUGAGCCGGACAACAAAGAAAUCACGACUGAUGACGUGAUCAAGUUUUUCUGCAAUUACAUCAAGAACGACUCCAUCGGUAUCCUCUCGAACGCCCACCACCUGGCAUGGGCUGACCAGGAGCCGGGAGGAAUUCACUCGCCAAGGUGUCUUGCCAUCGCAGAGAAGAUCAGCAUCUGCCUCGACUUUGCCAAGAAUGGUCAGACAGCCUUCUUGCGGCGUGACGAACGCCUCCAGCUUUACCCAGACUUCAUGGAGAAAGGCAGCCACAAAACUACAUACCGGUCGGACUGGGCGCUCGGGGUCCUGUACCGAAUGUGCUGUUCCCUGGAAGCUGCCGUCAGCAUGCUCGGCCAUCAGCAUGUCGAUCCAGGCCGGCGCUGUGCACUCGCCGUGCCAGGGUGGGAGGACUACAGAGAGUCGACGAUUCAAGCCCUCACAAAUUACAAUUCAAACAUUCGCCGAAUUCUGAGCCAGUAUGGAAUUGGGUCGGAGGGUGAGGUGAUGAACUUUUUAACUGAGACAACACGCAACAUCUUCUAUACUGAUGUUCUUACUGAGAACAACUGCAUCAGCGAUUCCGAGGAGCUGCACAAACGGAAGCUGCGCAGAACCUCUGCCUGGUACAUGUUGACGUACGAGCCCAAUGUGGAGAACACAUUCUUCAGUUUUCCUUGCUGCAUUGCCGAUGUCCUGGUAGAAAUUUUGCGCAGCUCAGAUGUGCAGGCCAGGGUGUGGUGCCCGAACAACCUGCACUGGAAAAUUGACCAGCUCGUCACGAACAAUAGUGACUUUACAGAAGAUGACGAUCUGGGUGCAGGUUGCGAUUCAUUCAGGACUGCCUUCAGAAUCGUUGAGAAGUGGCUUAAAGAUGAAACACUUCUCAAUCAGCAUGAACCAGGCACUUCAACCAAGCCUGGGCUAUGUUCCAACUGCCUGCUGGAUUACACAGAGUUUCUGGGAAACAAAAAUCUUUCGCCAGUGGGCAGGAUUGUAAUGAGGAGGCGGCAUGCAAUGAUGCUGUUGGUGGCAGGGGUACCGAACUUGACUGAAUCGACGGCUCAAGAGGCAAUGGAAGAAUGUGCGGAUCGAGAGGAACAAACCGAAAAGGCUGUUUCUCAAGUCUGGCAAACAGUGGACGGUUUCUUGGAGCCUCUUUUGUUAGACGAUUCUGAAGAUGAGAAAAAUGAGCCCAGGAUGGCAUACCAGAAUGGACAGGUUGAUGAUCAACAAGACUCUGAGGUCUCUCGUUCUCUAGUGUUUCCUCUGCAACAGGCUUCGGACACGAGCAACUCUGAGCCGGACAUUUGCGAGGACCCCAGUGUCGGAACUCUGGUCGUCUGCUUCCUCCGGUGGUGUCUUGAGCAGCACCAGCUGCCCGGAGAAACGUGCCGUGUUGGUGCGUGCGCAGGUGGCGGCCACGAGUGCCAGACCCACAGGUUGCCGAUGGUGGCGUUGCGGGUUUACAGUUCGUUGGCGGUGUCGCUGGACCCAUGCCACGUCUCUCUGCCAUGUGACCCUGCGUAUCACAAGCCGCACCAAGAGGUUGUUGAGAGAGACCCCGUCCGGAUCCAGAUAGCCAAUCCGAUGAUGAAUCAGAUGCUGAAGGACAAGCUCCAUGUGCACUCUGCGCUGUUCAACGCCGUGUGCGCUCUGGUCUUGGUCGUGCUGCCGUCUCCACCGCACAGCCAGGCGGACCAGGUGACGCCCACGCGUUUCCAGAGCUACUGGCUCGUCGCCCUCGACUACGGCAGCAAGGGUUAA